GGGGCGCGGGGGCGGGUCGGAGCGGGCGGCGGCGGAGGGCGCGGCGAGCCGGGCGAGCGCGGGGAGCGGCGGCGCGGCCGGCGUGACCCACUGCCCGCGCCCGUGCGCCCCCGAGCCCGCGCCCCGCCGCCGCCCGGCCCAGCCGCAGGAUGCGCGCUCCACUGCUGCUGCUGCUGCUGCUGCUGCUGGCCGCCUGCGCGCCGCCGCCCUGCGCCGCGGCCGCCCCGACGCCGGCGGGCUGGGAGCCGUCGGCAGACGCGCCCUGGUGCCCCUACAAGGUGCUGCCCGAGGGCCCCGAGGCGGGCGGCGGGCGCCUGUGCUUCCGCAGCCCGGCGCGCGGCUUCCGCUGCCAUGCGCCCGCCUGCGCCGCGCACGCCUCGGCCGGCCGCUCGCUGCGCGCCAGCGUCCUGCGCAACCGCAGCGUGCUACUGCAGUGGCGCCUGGCGCCGGCCGAGGCGCGCCGCGUGCGCGCCUUCGCGCUCAACUGCUCGUGGCGCGGCGCCUACACGCGCUUCCCGUGCGAGCGCGUGCUGCUCGGCGCCUCCUGCCGCGACUACCUGCUGCCCGACGUGCACGACGGCGUGCGCUACCGCCUGUGCUUGCAGUCGCUGCCGCUGCGCGCCGAGCCCGCCGUCGCCUCGGAGCCCGCCGUCGUCCCGGAGCCUGCCGCGUCCGCCGAGUGCGUGGAGUUCGCCGCCGAGCCGGCCGGCAUGCGGGAGAUCGUUGUGGCCAUGACGGCGGUGGGCGGCUCCAUCUGCGUCAUGCUCGUGGUUAUCUGCCUACUCGUGGCCUACAUCACGGAGAACCUCAUGCACCCGGCCUUCGGGCGCCCGGGCCUGCGCCGGCAGCCCUGAAGUGCGAGGCGCCCGCCAGACCGGGCUCUGCCUGCCCGACUAGGGUGCGGGAGGCCCCAGGCCCUUGGCCCGCUCUCCCCUCCCCGCUCUCGCUCCAUCCUGAGGAUCUCCACGCAGGGCCUGCUGGAGAUAGAUGGGGCACCGGCCGGCCCUUCCCAGAGCCUUGGAAUCACCGCACGACCUUUCCAGCUGAGCAGCCGCCUCCCAAACUCCAGCUCGGGACUGGCCCUUGGGCCUGAGUGGAGAUGCCAGCCGCGUGCAGGGCUCUCCCCGCUCUCCAGAGCCCUUGGGGGGAACCGUCAGAGCACAGAGACCCUCUUCGCAAGAGCCAUUGGCACCCCCGGGCCGACACCCUGCGUCUCCAGCCUGUGACGAGUUGGAAAAAACCAGGCUGUCGUUAUGGCUUGGUCACUGUGUGCUUUUCCGACUCAAGGGGGCCACUUGGAGCCUGUCCUCUCCCCGCCCCACCCCAAUGGGCUUAGGUAGUUCGUGCCUUAGUAUCUCGGGCCCACUGCGGGAGCCAGCCACCCUUCCAGUGCUGUCCAAGAGGGUCUGUGGCCCCGAUGCUGGCAGCUUGUGCGUGCUUCUGGCCAGAGCCCCCCUGGGGACCCUCCCUUCAAGCUUUGCAGGAGCAUCCAGUUUGGGUAAGAAGCGUCCUGCGGUGUUUCCCUGUGUGGGCAUUUGACAAGUUGGGAGCCGUGACUUAGCUCGGCAGGCGGCCCAGCGUCCAGCUGUUGUUUCCAGGGGUGAGUGUCCCCUGACCUCGGGGGGAGCUGGCAGUUCACCAGGGCUGGGCUCCCUCCCCUUCCUUUUGUGUGUCUGGUGAGGACUUUCCAUGGGGACUGGGGGUCUGAAAGAGCAGUGCCGUAUCCAGAGGGUGAAGGUUAGAUGCCAACUUGCCCAGCUGGACCUUCCACUGUGAUCUGGACCCCAAGCCUCAACCACGGCAUGACGGACAGCACCACGCCACCCCAUCCCCGAGCCAGUGGCCAGCUGCCCCGGAUCUGGCUGGGUGCUGCCCCCUGCCCUCCUACCCGCUCGCCGUGGACUGAAGGCUGGCCUUGCCCCUCUCCGGGCAGACCUGAGCAUCUUGGCCGAGGUUCCCUCCUGUGCCAGCCACCUGACGAUGCUGGGCGCUGGGAGGGGCGAAGCAUGGCUCGCCCGGCUCUGCGUGAGCCCCCGACUGUGGCUGUCCUGGACCCGACACAUCUGGAGUCACUGUGGCGAACUCCCCCUCCCCCAGCAGCCACCAGCGACCCUCACACCAGCAGCCUGGCUGGUGCCCCUGCAGCGCCCACUCCCUACCUCUCUGUCUUUGCUCUGCCCGCCCCUGGCGUGGCACUGGUGAGGCGUGAGCCUGGCGCCAGUGUCUAAAUGUCUAUCAUUCUUAGACCCAAACCACUGUCUUGUGUACUUAUUUGGGAGGAGGGAGAGAAGGGUGAGGGGGAGAGUUGAACCCCUUUUUCCCAGCUCCUCAGGCGUCAGCCCAGUGGUUGGCCCUGGACCCUUUGCAGGUCACGUGGGGUUAGCCCAGGCCGGGAGCACAGGCACCCUGCCCUUGUGGCUUGUGGCAGAGGGACAGGCAGGGUGUAUCUCAGCUGGCCUGUCCACCCUCAGAGCUUGGACAAGCAUCUGCUCCGGGGCCUGCUCUGUGGGGCGGGGCUGGGGAGUGGCACCUGCCGCAGUUGGAAAUAGCCCCGCCUCAGGAAUGACCCGCUUGAGCUGUGACAGGCAGCAGUGAGGCGGCUCCAGAAGGGCCCCCUCCCCGGCCCGGGCAUCCCCACGCGGUGCUAGAGCUGGGCGGGUGGGGGCCCGAGGACGGACCUGGGGCCCCUGUGUGUGGCGCAUACUGUGUCACCCCCUGCAUUCCCUACUGGGCCUCCCGCACCUGGGCUAGGCUGUCCUUGAGAUCCUGAAGCCGGCUGUGACCCUGAGGGGCAAACAGCUGGGGGUGGGCCAUGCUCUGAGGAGUGACUCAUCCCCCCUCCCGCCAAGGGGGCGGGGUGCAGUGAAGUGUCUAGACAGCCAGCAGGAGUGGAAGGGGUUCCAAUCCCUCCAGCCUGGCUCCCUGGGGGACCUUUUCCUCUUGCAGCUCUAGGCCACCCGUGACAGGCGCUCAGGUGUCUUCCACAAGGGUGGGGCUGGCAGCCCUGGUCCCAGGCCCUGGUGCCCUGCUGUCCAUCCUCUAGCUCCUGUGUGCAGCUGGGUUCACAACCGGCCACAGUGAAGUUCUUGGAGGCCUGCCCUGGGCCCUUCCCCCAGCCGUGCACCUGAUUUGGGGCCCUGUCCGUGGCCCUGACUGGGCUCACGCCAGCUAGAGCCACAGGCCUGUCCUACCCGCCGAUUCCCGAGGCUGGUCAGCACUGACCCGCAGCCCUCUGCUCCAGAGAUGCCUCUUCAGGGCUCUCUUCAAGGGCUUCUUGGAGGCCCAGGGUCCAGCCCAGCAGGGUCCAGUGGGGGAGCCCUGGCCUGGAGACGGCAUGGAGCUGGUGUCCACGAGGAGCACUUCUGCUUCUGAACCGUUGCCACCCCUGAAAACUGCUUCCCCAGGUGGCCCUUCCAUUCUGGGGGCGCGGGGACACCCAGGCUCCUCCCCUACGAGCCUCCAGUCCUCCAUCCCCACCACGUCCUCGAGGAGGCCCCCCCCACCCCCGGUCGCUCUCCCUCUGACUCGUGGCUGGCGGGUAGACGUGCGGCUUCCCUGUGCCCUGGAGGUGGGGGUCCGGAUGCCUUGUCCCUCAGUCAAGACUUCGUCUUUCUCGUGGUGCCUGAAGGUAACUUCCUUAAGCUUAUGAUUUUCUGACGUGGAGUAGAAAGAACUGCUCUGAUUCUAAAACACUGAAGGGUUGCCUGGGCUGUCAGCCUGGCCCUGCCUUUCAAGAGCCAUGCACCCUUUCAAUGCCUCAGUCUCCUUGUCUGUGAAGUGGAAACAGUCAUAGGACCUAACUCAGAGGCUUGUGUGGAGGCUUAUGUGAGAUCAGCCAGGCGGAGAAGCGUAAGUGGUCCGUGCUUGGUCCUGUCUGUGCCACGACUUGAUGCGCAUCCAGGCCGAGACAACCCCCGCCCACGGCUGCAUCCCUAGCCUGACCCUGCUCAGAAUCCUGAGGUCCUUGAAAUUCCACCACCAAGCACACUCCCUGCUCACUCCCCAAAGCUGACCCACAGCUUGUGUUCCUCACUCAGCCAGCAGGAGGAAUUCACGGUCAUUCUGUGGACGCAUGCCCAAUGCCCUGUGUGGCAGGCUCUGGGGGCCCAGCAGUGACACCGGAGGUAAGAUGCGGGCCGGCCAGCCUGCUCAGGCCCCUCCCCACGGCCCCCAGGGCAGCUGCUAACUCCCCGGGUCCCCCGGACAUUCAGGCCUCCGGCCUCCGAGGAGAAGGUGGUUUCAUCAGCGCUGGCUCGUGAGGACCUCACACUCCCAGGGGCCGCUAAGCCAGGGGGUGGGGGCGGACACACAAACGCGCAGGCAGCAUGAGGUGCAAUGGAGGAAACAUUUCUCCACUGGGGCAGGGCUGUGGGGCUGGCGUUUCCCUGGUGAUCUCAGGAUUGGGGGACUGGGCUGUUGGAGCUGGUCUACAGGGACAGCCAGGGAGCUGCUGGAGACCCUGGCCCAGGGGAUGGGCAGUUUGGCCCCUUCAGCCUGAGUCUAGAGAGUCCUGGGUCCCUGACACCCAGAGCCUCCUCCAGCCGCAUCUCUCUGGGGACUGGAAGCAUGACCCCAGCAAGCGCCGGCCAAGAGGGGAGGAAGCGUCCACAUCCCAGGGUGGGGUCAGGCUGCACCUUCUGAAGUCAGGAGCCCAAGGGCCACACACACACUGCCUCUUUCUUUCAAGGUCCUCCCAGAUAUCCCCCCUCCUUUAGAGAUCUGUUAUUUCAUUUCUAUGCUGUAUCGGCUGUCUUUUCAAACUUUCAUUUUUUCUAAUGACCUCAGUAAAAUGUUCCCUCCAUUUCUGAUGCAGGGUGUUCUUUCAUAACUUUCGUUUUCCUAACUCUGUUCAGCUUAUGACGAAAUAUUCAGUUAAAAUGUCUACUUAUUUUGGGGGCAUGCCUUUCUGGCUUGUCUUCUCUACCUACAGGGAUGUCAGCACGCUUCUUUUUUUCUUAUGGCGAGUCUGGGUGGGAGUCACUCGCUGCUCUGUCCCCUUGGCCACGUGUAACGAAGCUGGGUUUCCCUCGCUCUUAGGUGGGGAGUGGGUGGGCUGGGAUAGCGUUCAGAACUUCCCAGCUCUGCUGUUAACCACUGCGUUGAUUACGUGGCCUCACACGUCUGGGAUCUGCCUUUCCUUCCCCUCCCCCACUUUUAUCUGGACUGUCUCCUUCCUUUGUCCCACGUGUCUCUGUCCUGCUCAAUUUGGAUCCCAGCGCGACAGAUUCUCCCCAUGCCGUUCCCUUCCUCCCUCAUGGCAACCACUCCGAUGCUGUGCUGCUGGGCUUGUUUUUAAUUUUUACUCAACACCGUGUCUUUGAGAUUUAUCCAUGUUGCAGAAUGCACAGAUUUUUAAUUGUUUCUGUUCAUUGCAUGCAAUUUCUAGUGUGUGUCCACCAGGCUGACUUGUCCUCAGCCCUGAGGGUACACGGGUAACUGCAAUGCUAAUCACAGUGUCGCCAUGAAAAUGCCCAUCCACAUUCCUCAGGGACCCGUGUGAGGAUUUCUCUAGGUGAGGGGCAAUGGAUCUUAGGGGUGUGUGUACCUAACCACCAAUAUUAUCAGUUUGUCCUUAACGGCCAAAGCAGUAAGCACUCCCGCCAGCAGGACAGGUAGGUUUCUACUUCCGCAACUUCUCACAAACACUGUGUAUUGUUCGGUUUCGUAGCCUUUGCCCAUCUGUUGGCUGUGUAGCAGUAACUGGAUGUGAUUUUAAUUUGCUUUCUUCUGAUCACUGGAGAGGCUGCACACCACUUACUAUUCCUAGUAGCCAUUUGAAUUUCCCUGCUGAAUAACUGCUUAUUCAUAAUUUUUGUACAUUUUCCCAUUGCUGUGGCUUUUUCCUCUUGAUUUUCAAGAGGUCCACAAAUAGUGCUGUCCAACAGGACUUUCUGAAAUUAUGAAAAUGUUAUCUGUGCUGUAUUAGUUUCCUGGGGCUGCUAUAACAAAACCACAAACUGGGUGUCUUAGAACAACAGAAAUUUAUUCUCUCAUGGUUCUGGAGGCUGGAGGUCCGAAAUCAAGGUGUUGCCAGGGGUGGCUCCUUCUGGAGGCUCUGAGGGAACGUUUCACGCCCGUUUCACGCCUCUCUCCAGUGUCUGGUGUGGCCGGCAAUCUUUGGGGCUCCCUGGCUAGCGGACACAUCACUCCAAUCUCCAAGGACACCCCUGUUAUGGCCUCCUCCUGUCUGUCUGUCUCCUCUGAGCCUCUGUGUCUGAAUUUCCAUCUCCUUUCUCUUAUAAAGACACCACUCACUGUAUUAUUGCCCACUCUAAUCCAUUAUAAUUUUAAAGUAUUUUAUUUAGUUAUCUAUUUAUUUGGUUACACCAGGUCUUAGUUGUGGCUCACCAGCUCCUUAGUUGUGGCAUGUGAACUCUUAGUUGCAGCAUGCAUGUGGGAUCUAGUUCCCUGACCAGGGAUCAAACCCGGGCCCCCUGCAUUGGGAGCACGGAGUCCUAACCACUGCACCACCAGGGAAGUCCCCUAAUCCAUUAUAACUUAAUUUUAUUCCAUCUGCAAAGACCCCUAUUUUCAAAUAAGGGCACAUCCACAGGUCCCAGGGGUUAGGGUAUCAACAUAUUCUUUUGAGGAACACGAUUCACAGUAGUCACUAGUCUAGUCAGUAUCUACUAGUCAUUGUGGCUAUUUGGGGACUUGAAAUGUGACUAGUAUAACCAAGAAACCACAUCUUAAGUUUUAAUUAAUUUAAACGUAAGUUCAAAUAGCCGUAUAUAUU